AUGUGUCAAACCUCACUUUUGAUGAAAACUGCAUACCGCAAGGACAGGCAGGCGUUCAGUAAAGGCAUGGCGCAUGACGAAGCUGUGGCUGCCCAGAAGACUGGGAAAUCAGGCUCACCUCCUAAGGAUCAACCAGCUCCCAGUCCAUAUCCUGAUUGGUCGGCCGUGCAGGCAUACUACAGUUCUGGUGUCAUGCCACCGGCAUAUUUUGCCCCAGCCAUAGCUGCGGGUCAUCCACCUCCACCGUAUAUGUGGGGUCCUCAGCAUAUGAUGCCACCCCCUUUUGGAACGCCAUAUGCAAUGUACCCACAUGGUGGAGCUUACCCGCACCCGCUUGUGCCCAUGAUGGCAAGUCCAUUGAGCGUGGAGCCAGCCAAAUCUGCAAACAGUAAGGAUAAAAGUUCCAAUAAGAAACUUAAGGAAAUUGAUGGGUCUGCAGUAUCUACCGGCAGUGGUAACAGUAAAAAAACAUCAUCCAGUGGGGAUUAUAGUGGAGAGGGCUCCAGUGAUGUUAAUGAUCUGAAGGUGAGCGGGACUCCUAGGAAACGGAGCUUGGAUGGUGGAUUUGACGCAGAAGCAAUCGCGGCAGCAAGGAAUAAAGAUGUUGUAGCUUCUAGUCCGAUAAUUCGAAAUGGCGCAAUUUUGUCAAAUCAAUGCUUUCCAGCUCCAGUCAUUAAACCCAGUGUUACCAAUGUUGCUAAUUCAAGGGCAAUAGGCACACCGGUGUCUCCAUUGCCAGGUUUUACGGGUCCAAUUCAUACCGGAAUAUCAACUGAAUUAUCAUCUAAGGAUGAGAGGGAAGUAAAGCGUGAAAAGAGAAAGCAAUCAAAUAGGGAAUCUGCUAGACGGUCGAGGCUGAGAAAGCAGGCUGAGACAGAGGAGUUGGCCACACAAGUAGAAUCGCUUACAGCUGAGAACACGUCUCUAAAAUCUGAAAUCGGCAAGCUAACGAAAAGCUCCGAGAAGCUCAGAAUAGAGAAUUCCGCUCUAGUGGUGAAACUUAAGGGCACCGCAGCACCGACCAACGCAGAAAUGCCCCUGGACAAAUCAGCGGCAGCUGCUGCAGCAUCCUCCUCCCCUCGCAUCGUGGAGAAUUUCUUGUCGAUGAUCGACGACACAAGCAAGUCAGGUGUAAACAACCACAUGGAGCACAGCGAGCCCAAGCUUCGCCAGCUCCUCGGCUCCAGCGCGACAACGGAUGUUGUGGCUGCAAACUGA